GACAUCCCUAGAAUUUUUGGUUUGUUUUGUUUUGAGGUUUUGAAACAAAAAUUUAGAGGAUUUCUUGAUCAAACAUUAUCUGUCUAAUUUAAAUUUAAAAUAAUGACAACGAUUAGACCCUUUACUUGUGAAGACAUGCUCAAGUUCAACAAUGUGAAUUUGGAUCCUCUUACAGAAACCUAUGGAUUAUCAUUUUAUACACAAUAUUUGGCUCACUGGCCGGAGUAUUUUCAAGUAGCUGAAUCGCCAAGUGGAGAAAUAAUGGGUUAUAUAAUGGGCAAAGCAGAGGGUCAUGGUGAUAAUUGGCAUGGUCACGUCACAGCUCUUACUGUUAGUCCAGAUUAUAGAAGGCUUGGUCUUGCUGCUACAUUGAUGAAUAUUCUAGAAGAUGUGUCAGAAAAGAAGAAAGCAUACUUUGUCGAUUUAUUUGUAAGGGUGAGCAACAAAGUAGCUAUAAAUAUGUAUAAGAAUCUAGGUUAUAUAGUCUAUCGGACUGUCUUAGAAUAUUAUUCAGGAGAUCCUGAUGAAGAUGCUUAUGAUAUGAGAAAGGCUUGUUCAAGAGAUGUUAACAAAAAGUCUGUGAUACCUGUUACACACCCAGUUCGCCCUGAAGAUGUAGACUAAGAUUAAUAAACUUGUAUAUAUUGUAU